AUGCCUCAUUUGUUCCUUUCGAAUGGAGAUGUGAAUGCCUGUGUAACGGAUUAUACUGCUACCAGCCACUUGAAUGGUGUAAAUAAGGAAUAUAAUACUACCAUGGCGGGUGAUCAGAACAACCGCCUUAAUGCUACCAUUAACAGGGUACUCGACCAUGAACUAAUGGACGAAACCAACAGUGAUAUUGACAACUUGGGUGAAUCUUCAGCAACAUCCUUGCUGCCUAAUUUAACCUCUACAGCGCCUUUGCAUGUAGGUUAUCAGCAACUACAGCACCAACGAUCUACUGUAGAAAAGUCGCGCGAAGAAUUAAUGUCAGAAAUCGAGCAAACCGUAGAUCAAAUAAUGACAUCUAUUAUGUUGGGGGAAGUCAUUAGACUACCUAUUGCCGUUAGAAAAUUGACCACUUCCUCUUCUUCCAUGCCUUCUUCAAUGUCUUCAAGCUCUUCCCAACAGCACAAUGGGAAGAAAAGUAAGGCAGCCAUAGUGUCAGAAAGCAAUGCCGUUUCUUCAAAUGGUGGACACUUCGAAAUGUCGUCUCAACCACUCAAUACUACUAUACUAUCUCAUUUUCAGCAGCAGCAGUCAGUGCAGCAAACAAGGAUCUUAUCAUUGAAUUGCGCCUCUUCGGCAAAAACUUUAGCACGUUAUUUAUCAGUAUUGCAAAUGAUAUACGAAGCUAUCGCAUACAAAAUCAUGGUAACAAAAAGAGACAUGUUCUAUAGGGAUGUGUCACUGUUUGGUACUCAAUCAGUAGUUGACAUUAUAGUGGAUGAUUUAUCCUGUCAUUAUAAUGUUCCGCGAUCUUCGUUAAAUGUUAGUGCAGCUUCUAAAGGCCUCAUUUUUGGACCAGUUAUGAUUAAACUAAAGAACAAUAAGGUCAUCGAUUGUAUGGGCGGCUCUGCGUCUUUCUUGCCUCAAACAGCUAUUGAUGAUACAGACGGUUGUUCUGAUGAGCAAGGCUCAUUAAUUCCACCUAUCAAUCAAAUUGUAGAAGUUCAAUGUAAAGCCAAAUGUAUGAUCAUCGUAGAGAAGGAGGCAACGUUCAGAUAUCUUGUUUCAGUAGGGUUCUGCCAGUCUUUGCCUCAAAGCUGUGUUCUAGUUACUGGAAAAGGGUACCCAGACCUUUCAACGCGUCAGUUUGUCAAGUAUUUUUCAACCCACUUUAGUAGGAAGCCUAUUUUAGCUUUAAUGGAUAAUGACCCUCAUGGGCUUGACAUUUAUGCUACGUAUAAAUGGGGUGCUAGAGCUAUGGCAUUUGACGUUCUUAGCUUAGCUGUCAACAGUAUCAAACUGCUAGGAUUAACUUGUCAAGACAGAAAAAUUUGUCGUUUGGCUGCAGAAUGCUAUAUACCAAUGACCGACAGGGAUAGGUCAAAAUGUCUUUCAAUGAUUAAGACUUAUAAUCAAGAUGAGAUGCCGGGACAAAGUCAACUUGUUAAAAGAGGAUACUAUAAUUUAGACGAGCAGCUAGCUUCGCCUGAUCAUCAAGAAUACAUCAAUGAGGUUAAUGAUUUGUUAGGGUCUGACUACAAGUGUGAAUUACAGUCUCUUAAUCAUGCAGGCCCUUAUGGCUUAACCGAAUAUCUGCUCUCCAAGCUUAGGAAAUAUCAACUGUUGUAG